CUCCGCCGCCAUGCAGGAGCUGAUCGCCAGCGUGGACCACAUCAAGUUCGACUUGGAGAUCGCGGUGGAGCAGCAGCUGGGCGCGCAGCCGCUGCCCUUCCCGGGCAUGGACAAGUCCGGUGCUGCCGUCUGUGAUUUUUUUUUAAAGGCAGCUUGUGGGAAAGGGGGGAUGUGUCCAUUCCGGCACAUCAGUGGUGAAAAGACGGUAGUUUGUAAACACUGGUUACGAGGCCUGUGCAAAAAAGGGGACCAGUGUGAAUUCUUGCACGAGUAUGACAUGACCAAGAUGCCAGAAUGUUACUUCUAUUCAAAAUACGGGGAAUGCAGCAACAAGGAGUGUCCAUUCUUGCAUAUCGACCCAGAAUCUAAGAUCAAAGACUGCCCUUGGUAUGACCGAGGUUUUUGUAAACACGGUCCUCUCUGCAGACACAGACACACACGGCGUGUUAUUUGUGUGAAUUACCUGGUAGGCUUCUGUCCAGAAGGCCCAGCGUGCAAAUUCAUGCAUCCUCGGUUCGAACUUCCUAUGGGAACCACAGAGCAGCCUCCACUGCCACCACCGACGCAGCCACAACAGAAACAAAACAACACGCCAUUGCAAAGGUCAUCCUCUCUGAUCCAGCUGACGAGUCAGAACUCUUCUCCCAACCAACAGAGAACCCCACAGGUCAUUGGGGUCAUGCAGUCCCAAAACAACAGCAUCGGGAACAGAGGCCCACGCCCCCUGGAGCAAGUCACCUGUUAUAAGUGUGGUGAAAAAGGACAUUAUGCCAACAGAUGUACCAAAGGACAUUUGGCCUUCCUUAGUGGGCAAUGAAUCAGUGGACCUUACAGCAUUUUUAUAUAUACCUUUACGAGCCGAAUUAUCUCUAUUGUCCUGAAUGACUGAACCAUCUGUUUUUUAUACCUGCACCGAAGGACUGGCCAGUGAAAGGAAUACUUGGAUCUGCAACUACUUUUUUUUUUUUUGGUAUUUCCUUGUUUUAAUUUUUAAGGCUAGAACUUAGUGCCUCUCCUUGUUCACAGCUUGAAGAAGCAAACUUAAUCCACAAGCCUUCUAAAAUAUAAAAACAUUUGGGAUAGGGAUGUUUGGUUCAAAAGGGUGGAGCUACUCCUUUGAAAGUGUUUAGCCUGUUCUCUCAACAGUCCUUGACUAUGGCAGAAGAUGAUAAAUGUGUGUGUGUGAGCGAUUGCCCAGCUCUAUUUUGUUCUGCAUCUUUGUGUUCCUUGUCUGGGCUGGGCCGAAGGCUAAUUCAAGAUGGAAUUGUUCAUCUUGUUCAUCAGGGGAAGAGUGAGUCCAGUUUGAAUUUGUCUACGUCUAUAGCUUGUAUCUUUUUUUAAAAAAACAAAGUUAUUUUUUUUAUCAUGGUUAGUGGCUGAACAAAUGCAGGCAGAAAACUCCUAAUUACAUGCAAACUACAUGCCACCACAAUGCAAUUUUCAUUUGCAGAGCACACUAAAAAUGAUCAAAAGUUCCCUAAGAACAUAACAUUCUGACAUUCAAAAUUCUAAAAUGAAUCGAAAGCUUUAAAAAAAGCAAGAAAAACAAAUCCUGUUUUAGAAGUAAGCUGCAGUUCUCUAUAAAAACCUGUUUUU